AGAAUUGCAGUAAUAUUUCGUCUCCGUACAGCCAAAAUGAUAGAGCUGACAGACAGGACAUUACUCAAAUACCUGUCGUUAAUGUUAGUCGCUGUCUUGUGCUAUCUUAUGAUUUGGACGUGGACACAGACGCACGAGUCUGAGAUUAAAAUGACGAGUGCUGGCUUUAAGUACAAACGUUGCGUUCGGGAAUGGUUUUCAAAUGCUAUUGAAAUAGGUAAGUAAUUCUCCAGGACAAUUCAGAGCAAGACGAUUUCAUUUUGGUCAUAGUGUUUUCGGCAGUCGCUGAGUGCACAUAUACGUAAAAACGCGAAUGUUGUUACAGACCUACAAACAAGUUGUAAAAAGGUUGUUGACAAGUCGAUAUCAGGAUAUGUUCGCACUGUUUGUUCCCAGUUGUUGUGACAAGUCUGGAACAAGUUGUUAUCACUUUGUUACAAAGUUGAUGACGAUAAUAGACUUGCUACAAGUUGUUCGAACAAGACCAAUAAAGGCUGUUCGCAACAAGUUGCUACGAGCUUGCUGUCAUCAACUUAAGUUACGUGCACACGAUAUCAGACUUGUUGGAACAACUUGUUGCGACUCUGUUGGUCACAUCAACCUUGUUACAAGAUGAUAACAACUUGUUCCAGACUCGUCAACAACUGGAAACAAGCAGUGUGAACACAUCUUGUCGACUUGUUGACAAGCUGUGAUGUUUUACACUUGCAGGUGGUACUAGGUUAAUUUAAGAUCUACGAUUUGCUGCAAAUUCGACGACGUGGUGCACAUGUCUGUUGAACCACACAUGUUAAAAUGGACCAAGUUGUUACAGGUCUGCAAACAAGUUGUUACAAAUCUGUUCACAAGCUGUCGACAAGUUGUGUUCGCACUGCUUAUUCCCAGUUGUUGCAACAAGUUUGGAACAAGCUGUUAUUGUGUUAACAACAAGCUUGAUGGCAUUGUCAGACUUGCUGCAAGGUUGUUCUAACACGUCUGAGACAGUCAUGAUAUAAGAAGAUUAGAAGAAUAUUACAAGGUUGAUGACACAAGGUUGUAACAAUAUUGUUAUAUCAUGACUGUAUCGGACUUGUUGGAACAACCUUGUUGUAGCACGACUGUAUCGGACUUUGUUGGAACAACCUUGUAACAACCUUGUUGUAGCGCAACUGUAUCGGACUUUGUUGGAACAACCUUGGGACAAGCAGUGCGAACGGCUUGUUGGCAGACUUGCUACAACAUGUGACAUUUUAAGUUCACCAAAAGAGGGGUAUUUCUAGGUUGAUUGUUUUCUCCUCCUGGCAGAUGUGAUCUAACGAAUGACAUGCAAAAGACUUUUGUGUGCGAGUUUACUCAUUUGCAUCCGUCAGAAACACAAAAUAGUCGACAAAAUUGCUAGUGUGAACCAUAGUUAAUAGAAUAGAUGGUUUGGAAACUCAUUAGAAUAACAAUUUAACUCAUUGUCUAUGUUAGUCAACGUUUAUUCAUAAAUCUGGUCUUUCAUCGUCACGUGUGUAUUGUAUUCUUGCCCAACGAACCAAUAACAAUGUCUUAAGAAAGUGACCUAUCCGUGACUCGAACAAUAGGGUAAAUUGGAAAUUGCUAUUGGUGGAUUUAGCAAAAAUACAAUACACACGUGACGGUGAAGGAUCAGAUUUAUGAAUAAACGUUGACUAACAUAGAUAAUGAGCUAUAUUGUUAUUCUAAUGAGUUUCCAAACCAUCUAUUCUAUUAACUAUGUGUGAACCAAGCUUAAAGCACGGCCUUUAUUUGCAAUACUUAAUUUGUAUAGGGGAGGUACUUCUUCUUCUCUGGGGUGUAUGGUUGUGUCUACGUGUCCGCAAUGCUCCAUCAGCUUAUAACGAGAGUAAAUACAUUGCGUGGUGUAUCUAUAACACUGUGUUUAUCAUGAUCCUGGUUGGCCUACUGAGGUUGGUUAUUUUAUUACUUCAACAUUUAGUUCUAUCGAAUGAGAUGCCCACAAUUCUGCUAUCUACCCAUACACCUUACAUCACCUUAGUAUUUCUACAUGAACCUGUGGUUAGAGCUCGACAACUGGACUCUGUAGCUCAGUUGGUUAGAUCAUAGAUUGUAAAAUAACUGGAUAGGAAACUUCCUGACGUCACAGUCUAAACCUAGUUGCAAUCCGUGACGUCACGCGCAUUGCCAAAGUUCUCAGCACUUUUGCUGCUUCGCUAUAUUUUCCGCUUUAAAAGAGUAAUAUUGAAGCAUAAACUGGUGUAAUUGUUUUAAAAACAUGCCUAAGCCACGACAAAGUAUUCAAGGUAAAUGUUUUUCGUCUUUGUUUUGUAAUUUUUUACAUUUGUAGCUACGAAAUAGACAACUUGCAUGUUAGACUAAUUUUUGAUUUAGGAAAAAAAAGUAAAUUCCCGUAAAGAACUUGUUAAAAUUAGUAAAAAUGUUGUAAAAUACAGAAAAUAUAGCCUUGCGAAGUUUGCAUAUUUUCAGUAUAUUUAAAUGUAUUACGUGCGGAAAUUGUUACCAUUUUUGAGCCGAAAAUGGUAACAAUUUCCGCACGUAAUACAAAUAUACUGAAAAUAUGCAAACUUCGCAAGGCUAUAUUUUCUGUAUUUUGCAACAUUUCGCAAUCAAAUUUUGCAAUUUUACUAAUUUCAUUAUGUUCUUUUUAACUGUUGUGUUUGAUUCCCUUCUCGUUACUUAGAUCGAAAUUUAGUCUAACAUGCAAGUUGUCCAUUGGCGUCGCCAAUUUGCGAUGCAUUUUUCACUGUUUAGUACUUGAAAUAUUUGCUAAAAUUGACUGGGAAUACUUAGAAAUUUCAUCGCAGAAUGGCGUAGUUAUAUUUAUUUGCUCUUUGACUAAAAUGUUUAGCUGUAUUAUUGCUAAACAUGCAGUUUUUGAGAAUUUGGUUUGCAACUAGGUUUGAACAUCCAACCACGCCAUCAGCCCAUUGAAAACAUUAGCUCACGUCAGCUAGUUUCCUAUCCAUUUAUUUUAUUAUCCAUGGUUAGAUAGACAGAUGGAUAGAUAGAUAGCCUAUAUACAGCUAUUUCAAUUAAGGUUCUCCCCCGAGCAAAGCGGAAAAGUCGAAUACGAGCGCGAAAGGCUGCUGGGAAUCGUUAAUACAUGAAUGAAUUUAUUAGCGAUUCCCAGCAGCCUUUCGCGCUCGUAUUCGACUUUUCCGCUUUGCUCGGGGGACAACCUUAAUUGAAAUAGCUGUAUACAUUUAUAUAUAGAUUUUAUUGAGGUAAAAUCUUGCAGCCUUAAAGUGGCUUAAUUAUGAGUACCUUUACAAAGCAUUACUAUACGGUAGGCUAGGUGUAUAUACACUAAUAAAAUUGUUAAAGGUAAAAGGUUAUAAUACAUGACCUAUUAUAGGCUCAAAUUGAACGGGAUGACUAGAAAAGUUGAAUCUAAGUUUUUUGCAUUUGGUUUCGUUCAGUUGGAAACCAUCAACUUGAACCUUUCAAGAAAAUUAAUCCGCAUAUUCCUGCAUGUAGCUAUUGUUUUUUUUGCCACGUUUUCCGCAAGGGAGGAGACGUCCACAUAUUUCCAGGGUUAGAGCGCUGCACCAGAAUUGUAGGGCCUAUAUAAUUGCUCCUGGAUUAUUUUCCCCAUAUCUAAGUGGUCAAUUCGCGAUCUACCUAUCUUCAAAAUUUAUAUCAUUUCCCUUUCAGAAUUGUUUUGGACAAUUUUCACAACCCAGAUGUAUCAUACGUUGUGGAUUUUCUCUCCACUCACGUCGUCGCAACAAUCUUGCUCGCUUUACUGUUUAUAUCUAAG